AUGGUCAAAACACACUGGUCAUCAUCUGCCACUGCUCUAUCGUUGCUGCUCAACACGUUCUAUGCCCCCACCGCCAGUGCCAUACAAACCAUCUCGGCGGUUGGUUCAAAAUUCUUCUACGAAGAUGGCACCCAAUACUACAUCAAAGGCAUCGCCUAUCAACUCAUUCCCGAAGAUCCCCUGAUUGACACCGCUCAAUGCACGCGAGAUGCCGCCCGCAUGGCCGAGUUGGGCACCAAUGCAAUCCGUGUGUACCAUGUGGACCCUAAAGCCAACCACGACGGAUGCAUGAAAGCUUUCGCAGAUGCAGGCAUUUACCUGUUCGUCGAUCUCGACACGUUCGACACCGCGAUCUCCCAGGACGACCCCCACUGGGACCAAUCCCAAUUCGACAGCUUCAAAGCCGUGCUGGACGCCUUUCAGAAAUACGACAACACCGCCGGAGUCUUCGUCGGUAACGAAGUCCUCACCACUAAGGACGGCUCCGCCGCCGCCCCCUACGUGCUAGCCGCAGCCCGCGACAUCAAAUCCUAUCGCAAUGCGCAGCACUACCGUUCCAUCCCAGUCGGCUAUUCGGCCGCAGACAUCGCCGAACUGCGCCCCAUGCUGCAGAACUACCUAGCCUGCCGCUCUGACCCCGCCGAACGACUCGACUUCUUCUCCCUCAACGCCUACGAAUGGUGCGGUGACUCCUCAUACGAGCAGUCCGGCUACCAAACCCUCCAAGACGAAGCAGAAGGCUACCCCAUCCCCAUCUUCUUCUCCGAAACAGGAUGCAACGUAGCUCGUCCCCGCACCUUCUCCGACCAGGCCGCCAUCUUCGGUGACCACAUGUCGGGCACCUGGUCUGGCGCUAUGAUCUACGAAUGGAUCGAGGAAACAAACGACUACGGCCUGAUCGAGUAUGGCCCUGCCGGCGCCGACACUCCCCCAACCGCUACCAAGGAUAUCAUCGUCCAGGACGGCUUCACUCGCCAGGGUGAACCCACCCCGAUCCAACCUGACUUUGAUAACCUCAAGAACCAGUGGGCUACGCUCGACCCUACCGGCGUCGCUCUAUCCGACUAUGUCAAAUCCACCGCGGCUAUCUCCCCUCCGGAAUGCCCUGCCUCGACAGAUGGUGGAUGGGCCGUGGAUCCAUCCGCCCCGCUCCCAACUAUAGGUCAGGCCUUCGUCCAUGCUGAUGAUGAUAAUGAUAACAACUCUGACGGUGACGAUGCUACCUCGCCCGCUUCCGCCACCGCAACUACCACAGGUACUGCAUCCGAGUCAGGAGCAGAUUCUUCGAAAUCGCUAUCAAACAAGCAGUCUUCUCCCUCUUCAGGUACAAACCCAAGCGGAGUAGCCGCUUACAGCCCAUCGAGCGGGGCUUCGUCCAUACAUGCUGGAAAUGGUGGCUUUCUGUUCCGGCUUGAUGUAUCUGCUCUCUUUUGUGUGGCUAUUGGGGGCGUGGCGUGGUGGUUGUAG